UCUUCCUCUGUGUCCUGUCUUCAGUACGGUUCCUAUGCUUUAACCUGUGGUUUCAUCGCGUCUCGUGAUCCCUGCCCAUCCUUGUAUCCCAGGAUCGUGUUCAGGAAGAUGGAGAGAAAGAGCCAGGAAAACGUCCAGCCUACAUCUACACCAGGAUACAGCCCCUCAGAUGACAAUGUGGAGGUUGGUGAGGUUCUAAAUGCAUCGGGCCAUAAGCAGGAGCUUGAGAGACAGUUCAGCUUGCUGUCGAUUUGCGCCGUUGGGAUAUGUACGGGGAAUGCGUGGGCGGCGCUUGGCGGGAGUAUUGUGCUCGCGUUGUACAACGGUGGUCCACCGGGCGUAAUAUACGAAUUCAUCGCGGUUUCAUUUUUCUACUGGCUAAUAGCGUCCUGUAUCGCUGAACUUGCGUCCGCGAUACCCUCCAGUGCGGGGGUUUAUCAUUGGGCCAGUAUCACGGCGGGGAAAUAUGGAAGGAGUGUUGGAUACUUUGCAGGAUGGUGGAACUUCUUCGGCUGGGUCUUCGGGGCCGCGUCGCUCUCUGCUAUCCUCGCGAAUCAAAUAGUCAGCAUGUACGGCCUCUUCCACACGUCCUACGCCUACCAGCGCUGGCACGUCUUCAUCACCUAUCUCAUCGUAACCUGGCUAUGCUGUUUGUGCGUCAUGUUCGCGAACCGCGCGCUUCCCGCCAUCUCUAACGUCGGGCUGUUUUUCAUCUUCGCCGGGGUCGUGAUUACGAUUUUGGUGUGUGCGAUUAUGCCGAGUCGGAGUGGGAAGGGGUAUGCGACGAAUGAGUUUGUGUGGAAGGAGUGGCAGAAUCAGACCGGGUGGACGAGUGAUGGAUUUGUGUUUUGUGCGGGAAUGUUGAAUGGGGCUUACGCUGUUGGUGUGCCAGACUGCGUAUCCCACCUCGCAGAAGAACUCCCCAAACCCCGCAUCAAUAUUCCCAAAGCCAUUGCUGCGCAAAUGGUCGUCGGCUUUAUAACCGCCUUCCUCUACCUCAUCGCCAUCUUCUACACCGUCAAUGAUGUUACCCUCCUCUUCUCCAACCCCUACCCCUUCCCCCUCGCAGAACUCUACCGCCAAGCCACAAACACCAGGGCCGGCUCCCUAGGCCUCCUCAUUGUCAUCUUCCUCCCCACUGCCUGCACCAACAUCGGUGCAUACAUCACCGCCGGCCGCAUGCUCUGGACCCUGGGUCGUGACGACGCAACCCCGUUUGCGUCCUGGAUAGGGCAUAUCGAUACGAGGUUUAAAAACCCGCUGAAUGCAAGCUUUGCGUGUGGGAUUAUUUGCACAGUCCUUGGCUGUAUCUACGUCGGGAAUACAACCGCGUUCAACGCUUUCCUAGGCUCUUUCGUCGUCCUGACUUCGUCCUCCUACCUUGCUGCCAUCCUGCCCCAUAUCUUGUCGCGGCGGCGCCACAUCCUGCCUGGCCCAUUCUGGAUGCCCGAUUCAGUGUUCUAUACCGUUUCUGGAGUCUCUUGCGCGUAUAUGGCAAGUUUUAUUGUCAUUUAUUGUUUCCCGUAUGCGGUCCCAUUUGAUUCCAAGAGUAUGAAUUAUAGCUGCUUGAUUGCGGGGGGUUUGACAGUUUUUGUAGCGGGGUGGUGGUGGUGGAUCCGGAAGAGGGGGUAUGUGGGCCCGGCGAAGAUGAUUGAGGAGGUGGAGAGGAGGUUGAGUGCUGAGGCUAGGGGUAGGCAGAGGGCGAGUAUUAGCGCCGAGAAGAAUUAGGGAUAGGCUUAUCUUGUGCUUGUAAAGAUUUCGAGUGU